GCCUCGCUUGUGGCGUUAGGGGUGUUUCCGGGUUGCGCUCCCGGAAGCAGGAAGUUGUCGUUCUUUCCUCCUCGCCCGGCGGCUGCAGUCCCCGAGGCGGGAGGAGCCCGAAGGGGCGCGGGCCCCGCAUGGAUUUUAUAUUAGAAGACAUGGAUCUUGCUGCCAAUGAACUCAGCAUUUAUGACAAACUUUCAGAGACUGUUGAUUUGGUGCGACAGACAGGCCAUCAGUGUGGCAUGUCAGAGAAGGCGAUUGAAAAAUUUAUCAGGCAGCUCCUGGAAAAGAAUGAACCUCAGAGGGGGCCACCCCAGUAUCCUCUCCUUAUAGCUGUAUCUAAGGUCCUCAUAACCAUGGGAUUAAUCUUGCUCACUGCCUACUUUGUGAUUCAACCUUUCAGCCCAUUAGCACCUGAACCGGUGCUUUCUGGAGCUCAUACCUGGCGUUCAUUCAUCCAUCAUAUUCGGCUGAUGUCCUUGCCCAUUACCAAGAAGUAUAUGCCAGAAAAUAAGGGAGUUUCUCUUCAUGGAGAUGAUGAAGACAGAUCUUUUCCAGACUUUGACCCCUGGUGGACAAACAAUAGUAAGCAGAAUGAGCUGGAGCCGGUACCAGCCAACUGCACCGGCUGUGCCCAGAAACUGCCCCUGAAGGUGCUGCUCCUGGAAGAUGCCCCAAAGAAAUUUGAGAGACUCCAUCCUUUGGUGAUCAAGACGGGACAGCCUCUGUUGUCUGAGGAGAUUCAGCACUUUCUAUGCCAAUACCCUGAGGCCAUAGAAGGCUUCACAGAAGGAUUUUUCACCAAGUGGUGGCGUUGCUUUCCUGAAAGGUGGUUCCCAUUUACUUAUCCAUGGAGAAGACCUCUGAAUAGAUCACAAAUCUUACGUGAGCUUUUUCCUGUUUUCACUGACCUGCAAUUUCCAAAAGAUGCUUCUUUAAAAAAGUGUUUCCUUCUUCACACAGAACCUGUUGUGGGGAGUAAGAUGCAUAAGAUGCGUGACUUAUUUAUCAUUGGCAGCGGUGAGGCCAUGUUGCAGUUCAUCCCUCCUUUCCAUUGCCGAAGACACUGUCGGUCUGUGUCCAUGCCAGUAGAGCCAGGGGAUAUUGGCUAUGCCGGUACCACCCAUUGGAAGGUCUACAUUAUAGCCAGAGGGGUCCAGCCUUUGGUCAUCUGUGAUGGAACCACUCACUCAGAACUAUAGGAAUCAGAACUUUAUUCAGGAGCAACUUUGAGAGCUGAAAACCAGAUUCUUGAGCUCUGCCCCCAGCCCCCGCCUUGUCCCUUGCCUAUCUGGAUGGUUUCUCAGAAGGGGCUGGGCCAGAGCCAUUACUGCUAACGCAGCACCCCUUGUGUCAGCUGUGUUGCCUUUACCAAGUGUCUUCAGAGAGGAAUGAGCCGGAGUAGCUGGCCUGGGGAGAGGCGCCUCCCUGGGUUUGAUCUUUAGGUCUGACCUUCUGCAGAGAAGAUAUUUUACACAUGUGUCAGAGCUGAUGUUGUAAUGUGGUUGUGGGAGGAACUCCAGACCCAAAGUGUUUGCCAGCUGGGUGUGCAACUAUGUGAUCCUCUGUCUUAAAAUGAUUUCUCUCUUUGUGCUGGGAAACAAGGUGAGGUAUUUUUAUUGUUUGGCAAUAAUAUAAAGUUAUGUUCUUCCAAUUGAAUGAUUCACUAUGCUUAUUUUUCCCCCCAAGUGUUUUUGGUAUGUAUUAAUCAAAUGAUAUAAAUAAGGGCACUUUUUCUUGUUCCCUUUUAUUCCUUUAUUGACCCUAUUAGGGCUUUGGUCAUGCCAUCACCAAGAUGAAGAAAAAAAAACCUCAUGUAUGACCUCUGGCUCUGAAUUGCAGAAAUCAAAUGUAUACAGUAGGUAUCUAUGUCACUAUGGAUCAGAGGUGGACAGUUAUGAGGAAAGUUGGUUGUGAUCCUUUGUGGUGUCCUCUUCAUCCUUGGAGGAGCCCUGGACUUCAUCUCCCAGACUGUCUUCUCACAGCAGCAGGGGUCAUCCAGUGCAUGAAUGGCCUGUUCCUGGGCUUCUAAAGGACAAGCAGAGUUCACAGAACUUGGGGUAGAAACACACAGAGCCUCUUCCAGGUGCUUCAGUGAAACUAGGAUGAACUGUACCUGAGGGAAUUUUUCUUUUAAAGAACCAGCCCCUUGUGUGAAUUUAUACAGGAAAAACAAAACUUACUGUACAUAUAAAAGUCAUGCUGCUAAGCAAUUAUGAUUUAAGAGGUUGUAAGUCAGAGGGAUCAUCUGGAAGCCAGCUUUGUGUAAGCUUUUAGAGGCCCCUCAGCGCUGUCUUAAAUCAGGCCCUUUUAAUUAACAAAAGAGAGGCAUCCUUAGGAACAAAACAACUGUUUUGAUGAAAGAUCUUUGUUUUAUUUCUGUGAGUUGCCUUGUGUUCCUUCCCUAUUUCACUCUGGCCCUUCAUAUCUUAAAAGUCUACAAAAAUACCCACUUCAGCGCACAACUUGAAAACUAAGAAACCCUUGCACGUGUUGGUUUUCUGAAGCAUCCCUUGGAAAGUCCCCUGAGCCAUUCUGUAACCACUCUUGUUCAACAAAGAGUGGUUAUAGUAGAAGAUAGUAAACACUUUUGUGCAUAUACUACUUAUUUUUCUUAAAAUCUAUCUAGUUCAUUUAUAUAUCCAUGAAUAUAAAUUUAUGUUAGGGGAAAAAUUCUCCAAAGAGGUCUGCUCUUAAUUAACAGAUACACAGAAGUCAUUCACCUUCUUCUCAAGGUAAUUCAAAUAAGCAGGAUCUACUACUGUCUAGUCCUCCAGGAAUGGCUCGGGGUUGCCAGCCAGUUCCUUUCUAGUUAUCCAAGGCUUUGUGCAGAGUGCCACAGGAUUACUCUUAUCCAUUUAGCAAUCAGCCUCUAGCAGGAAGCAGUAAAAGUCUCUCCGCAUGACCUGUUGUGGGAAAGAGGCUCAUUUAGAUGAGGAAGUGGGGUUGCAGGGGCAUGGCAGGACCACCUAACCAACUCCCCACCUCCAUCACUGCAAUAAGAACAAAACCUCAGGUCUAAAAGGAGGGAUUUAUUCAUAAAUUUGUUGAGCAAUUACUGAGAAAUGCUAUGACAGUGACUUCCACAUGUGUGUUAGCUUCACUUCCUUGUAGGUUCCCACUGCAGAGAUGCUUGUCCUCUGAAGUCAGCUCUCGGGGGAGACAAGCUGCUUUGCUGCCAGUUUGAAGCACUUAUGUUCAGAUGUGCUAAGGAAUUCUCCUGCAGUCAGUUGUUGAAUGGACACCACACCUGUUCUGACUGAUGCAGAGAGGCAAAGCUUAUCCUCACCUCACUGUCAGUUAUUUUUGGGGUAAAGGAGGAAAUAAAAUAAUAGUGGUUCAUGAAAACAGAAAUCCACUGGUGAAAUACAUAACAGUAAACAAAAUGGGCAGAUUUGGGCUCAUUUUCUGGGAGAAAGGAAUAAUAACAUUUGUCUAGUCCAUUCUCACAAGUGCCUGAUUAAUCUUCACCCAGUCCUCUAAAGAAAUAUUGGAUUCUUAUUUCACAAGAAACUAAGACUUGGAGCAGUUACCUGCUGGCGGGUGGGCAGCUGGUCCCAGGUUCCAUAGCACGUUAUUUUCCUGCUGCAUCACAGUGUAGUGCCUGAGAAAAGGGCUAGGGAUUUCCCUCCUGGGCUGAGAUUACAUAGGGGGCCAGCAAGCCAGGAACUCUGCACGGCUUGUUUAUAAAACUCCUUUGGACAGGAAGGGAGGAGGAAAGAAUUUAACCAUAUGACUUUUAUAAAAAUCCUUUCACUUUCUCCCUCCCCAUUUGAAAACUUAAGAGUGAGUGUUGCUGGAAGACAACUAUGUCCAGCCAUUUUCCUGUCUGUCACCACAUUCUUCCAGAUGUGUGACCAGAAGAGGGACUCUGUCCAAUUCCAGUUGUUGAGUCCCUUGGAGUUUACAUCACUUGUUUUUCAGUUCUCAGUUUUCUUUUCCCUUCUCCCCAAAUCCAGCCUGGGCCUCAGUGUAGGAACAAUUACUUUAAAACAAAAAUCUCAAGUUCCUUAGUGGCAGGUAAUGGGCUCAAUCAUUUUAAUACAGUCUGGACUGAGUUUGCUCAUUACCCAUUUCUUAGUAAAUGUUCAAACCCCAAAGCACAUAUUUGGUUAUCAUCAUUUCCUUGUCCAGCAAGAGAAGGCCAGGCUAUAGGUAAAAAAAAAAAAAAAUUGCAGAGAGAGGCGAUUUCGUCUAGCUUUUGAGAAUCAGUUAUUUCAUAGCCAAAAGGCUGAAAAGCAAUGAGAAUCAGCUAUUAAACACAGGGUGUCAGGCAUUUGAUCUCUCUUAGCAGUAGAGGAAAUACUCUUCCAGAGUGGUGACCCAUCGUGCGCUAGAAUUUGUUAAAGGAAGGAAGUGUCAGAGAUGUGUUUUAAAAUUGUACUUUAGGCUGAGAUUCCAUAUUUGGACCUGGAGGGACAGCAGACUAGGAAGGGAAAGGUGCAUUUAAGGAGACAGCACUGUAGCAAAUAAAAAGGGGGAGGCCUUGGGAAUGUGCCGUGUCACCAGCAGCUGCAUACCCCUGUCCUCCCCACCCCUAGCCUCGAGAUAGCCCGUAGGUUUUUCCACAAAAGCCAGUCUGCAAGAGGGACAGGUGCUCUCACUCUCACGCACCACAUCCAAGUCCAUCCUCCCUGGACACAGCUGACUAAGCGCUGGCCUUCUGAGGAACCUCAGCCAGCUUGUCUGUCAUCCAGGUUCCUCAGUGUCUGGUUUCCCUGCCCUGCAUAAUUUAAGCAUUAGCGCUAAAUACAUCUGUCAUUUUCUUUUCUCUGGAGACAGAUGUCCAGACUUUUUCAGACUAGUGGAGAGAAGGAAUGUUACAUAACUGCAAAUGGAGACCUGGAGAUGGUUGGGCUGGACCAGAGACGGAGCAGUUCUGCUUGGCAUGUCUGUCAGUUAGGCAGCAGCCAUCAAUCCAGGAGUGAGCCGUGGCUGUAAGCAUGGGUGCGGAGAAGGGAACCCAGUUGGGUUUUAAGUUUUACACAGAAAAUGAGGACUUGGGACAUCCGCUUUGUGCCAGGCUCCAUUUAUCUCAUUACUCCUCACAGCAGCUCUGUGGGGUAGGGGCAGUCAGCGUGUGCAGCCACCUCUACUCACAGCUCAGCGGUAUCCCCUCAGAGCACUUUUAAACCCUUACAGGAACAAACUUGGCAUCUAGUCUCAUCAUAGGCAACUUUCCCUCCACAUUUCUUUUGAUAGUUUUAACCCCAGAGAAAUGCUGGCUGGGGUUUUUUUUCUUCCGUCCUUCUGAGGAAAGGCCAGUAACAGAUGUCCAGGGCUGGGGGAGACAGGGACUCAGAGGACGGCCACUGCCCUGCCAUCACCAGGAAUAGGAGCUGGUGGCAGCCACGGUUCAUCUUCAGGGAACCAGGGUGUAGGGGCCUGGAUGGUGCCAGCACAGGGGCUCAGAAUGGUGUGAGCCGUGAAUGUGUACGUGUUCAAGUCCUGGAUGUUGAACAAGUGCUUACUUGAUACACUGCAAACUUGCAAAGACUUCCACCAUGUAAAGAAUGUAUGUAAAGUUUUAUGUAAUGAAAAUUUUUACUUUUUGCAAUUAAAAGUGUGUAUGUUAGUUGAUAAGAA